AUGAGUUCAACAUCAAUCAAUGCAAAUAGAUAGUCAAACUCACCGAUUUCAUCUAGUAGGAUGAUUUCUUAGAAUGAUUUAAAAUAGAAAUAACUUAUAGGGUUAGGCAAAAAAGAUGAUUUUAGAAAAUAAUCAAUAUUUUCAUUAAAUUAAAACACUGACGCAUCUGGUUCUCCUAAAAUGAUGGGCUAUUAAAAUGUCCAGAAAGAUUAAGCAGUAUAAAUUUUGAAUGAGACAUCAUAAAAUAUGUUAUCUGAAAAGGAUUGGAAUGAUUUUAAAGAAUUAACUGAUUCUGAAAACACUGCUUUGAGUUUACUAAAUGAAAUUAUUAACAAAGGAACUAAUACCUUAUAUAACAAAUAUCUAGAUUAAAAAAUGAGCUAACAUAUCUUCAACUCUAUUAUAUAUUUGUCUGAGCUUUCAUGGUAGUAAGAGAGGUUAGUUCAUGAUUUAGAUUUUGACUUGAAAGAAUAAGACAUUUAUUUUAAUUAUCCUAAAGGAUUACAUCAAUAAAAAUUUUAAGACUUUUUAAUAGAAGAUGAGGAACCUGAUCCACCAAAUAGAGAAAAUAGAAGAAACUUCAAUGUUGAAAUUGAAAAAAAGUAAAUAAUCGUAGAUGAAUUAGAUGAUUCUUUAAGUAUUGCUCGAAAGGAUAUCAUAAAUAAAUUAAUAGAAUAAAGUUCUCCUUCGAAUUCAAAGAAAGGAAAUAAAAAAAGAAAUAAAAGCAAAAAUAAUUAAAAAAACGAUACAAGUUUUAUAUCACAAUAAUAAUAAUCUCCAAAUUAAUCAUAAUUUGUAUUCUCAAACAUCAAAGAAACUUAAUCUAUUUAAGUUGGAGAAGAGGAAUAAUUAGGUUUGGAUGAGGAGUAGAUUAAUUAAAAAUAUAACUUUCCUCUCUUUUAGGAUCAUAAUCCUCAGAUUAUUUUUUUAAGUUAAUUAGAAGAGGUAGAUAGGGUUGAAGAACAACUUAGGUUGCUCAAAGAAAGGGAAAUAGAGCUUCAAAAAUAAAAAGAAGAAUUUGAAGCACUUAGACUUAAAGAAUAAAAAGAACAACAAAUAAGGCUGAGAAAUGUUUAAAAAGGUGAAAACAAUAAAAAAUAAAUAGCCUAUGAUUUUAAUGGGUAAAUUUUAGGCAUUUAACCCCUUAAAACUGAUAAGCUUCCAAACUCUACAGUAGUCAUUAACCAUAAUAUAUCUAAGGGAGAAGUGCAAGUGAUUGAUUAUAACUCACAACAAACUGCAAUUCAAAAAUAGCUUAAAAAGAAGAAUAAAUAAAGUAUAGAUUAAGAUGACACAAUGUCAAUAGACUAGUUAACUAAUCAACAAACCCCCUCAAUGAGAAAUUAAUCUUUUAGAUCGAAAGACAACAUAUUAGCUAAUGCUAAAUCUUUAUAAAAAGGCUAAACAACCUAAAUACAAACAGUAAAUGCUUCUAUAAAGAACAAAAAAGAAAAUCACUAUCCUUAAAGUAAAGAUGCAGUAUUUUUCUAGCAGCAAGAGCUAUUCGAAGCAUUUAAAGCAAAUAAGGGUGUCACUCUCAUAGAAGGAGGAAGAGUUAAAAAAGGUCCAAAUUUUAACACCUAAGCUAAUUCAAUUGAUAUUUCAAAAUUAGUAGAUAAAGAUUAUGUUAGAAAUAUCAAUCUAACCAAGAAUGAUUAUAAUAAAUUAGUAGGAGGCUUGAAUACAAGUUUAGAAAGUGAAAUAGGUCAUAAUUUAAGUAGACUUAGUAGUAAGCACUCAAUUCAUUCAUAGUCGAUGGUAAAUUUGAAGAAUAAAUCAGAUUUAUUUGAUUUAAGAAUGCCUCUUAACAUGAGUCCUAAAUUAAUAAGCCCUUAAAAUAGCUCAUAAAACUAAAAUAAAAUAUAAUUUUAAAAGAAAAUGUUAACUGAUUCUGUCAAUCAAAAUGAAGAUUUCGAUUAAAACAUGUCAAAGUCACUGAUAGGUAAUUAAAGUGCAAAUGAUAUGUCUAAAAAUAAUUUGAAUAUAAGCAAUAUUAGCAAGAAGAAACACUAUUUUAGCAGCUAGAAAAAAUUGCAACCUAUUGACACAAGUAAAAUAAGUGUGCAAUCUAUGGAAAUUUUACAGACUCUUGCUUUAGACGAUCAUGAAUAUGUUUUAAAAGUUCUAAAUUAAAAUCCUGCUAAUUUAAUGUCAAAUAAAUUCAAACAAAACUUUAGCGACUUUUACAAUAAAAGUCCAAAAAAUUAAAAACAAGAUAAUAGCCAAUUAUCUUAGAGUGGUUUACAAGAAAUGCAUAGCUCGAGGUCCUUGAUAAAUGAGGUUUCAUUAAAUAAAUAAAAUUAAAAUUUGUAUACAGAGCCUUUUCUAAAUAAUAUCAGUGAAAUUUAAAGUAUAAAAAAUAAAAAGUCUAAAAUCUAAUAAUAACAAAUAAAUAGAAAAAACAAUCAAUCAGAAGUUAUAGCCCCAUUGUAAAGACCAACUGAUGAAUAUAAUAGAGCAAUCAUAUCAGGAGCUAUAGAAUGGGGAGCUCCUAUUAUGGAUUCUUCAAGAAACCAUUAUUAGUUUACCCCUAAUUUUAAGGCUGACGAUAUUUAUAAGUAGAAGCAUACUCUAGGAAGUCAUGGUAAAUUCCCAAGAGAGAGAAUUAUGAAAAAGACAUUUAAAGAAAUGAGUCAUAAUCAUUUAAGUCCACCAGAAAUAGGGAGCACUAUGGGGCAUGGUGCCGGACAAGGUUUCCACCCAGAUAAAUUAGUUACAGUUAAACAAUUUAUAUAAGAACUAAAUGAUAACUAAAACAAUUAAAGCAAUAAGAUUAAAACUGAAGUAAAAAAUAAACUUAAUUCAUGA